GAAGAGGACUAACUCCCCCCGGGCUCCUCCGCGGCUCUUUGGGACUUGGAUCUACGGAAAUUGAGCGAAACCUGGGAUUCUACGGCUUUGUUUGACACUUUUUACGCGGAGUUUGGCGCGUUCGGCUCGCGGUUUCCGGACGGGGGGGCGUGACUGAUGGAGUGAAGCCCGGAGAAGUGGAGCGGACCCCGGCUGCGUCUUCGUCUCGAGCCCGUGUCUGAGCCCUGAGCCCUGAGCCUGAGCCCAGCAUCAGAGGCUGGUCCUGGUCCUGGUCCUGGUCCUGGUCCCGGUCCUGGUCCCCACAGCGGCCCUGGGGUCAGAGCUGUAACAGCUGGAGCCUGGAUGAGUGAGAGGUCUGAUGGGCCUGAAGGACCAGGGGGAUGGGACAGGCCACAUCCUGGAGCUGGAGUAUCUGCACGUGCCCGGGACCCAGAGAGCACCUCAGGGAGAACCCGGAGAGCCCAGCAGAGCACCCGAUGGAGCACCCAGCGGAGCACCCAGCGGAGCACCCCAGAGACCAGCCACACCCAAGGGAGCGGCGGGGGCGAGUGCAGGAACAGAGGAGGAGGUGUGUGUUGCUUUCACCUUCAGUGACAGUGAGGACGACCCAGGCUCCUCCUCCGACCCCUCUGACCCCUCCUCUGACCCGCCCUCUGACCAGCGCUCCCAGGUGGACUUCGCUCUUAAGCUGGGGUACCCGGAGGAGCAGGUGCGGCAGGUGCUCAGGAAGCUGGGGCCCGGCGCUCUCACCAACGACAUCCUGGGCGAGCUGGUGAAGUUCGGGACCAAGUCGGAGUCCCCGGCCCUGGCGGGGGGGUCGGCCGCGGCCCUGUCGCCCCUGCACCCCCGCCGCUCGCCCUGCCCCGCCCAGUGGACAGAAGACAAGGACAACCUGCGGCCCGUGGUGAUAGACGGCAGUAACGUGGCCAUGAGUCAUGGAAACAAGGAAGUGUUCUCGUGCCAGGGCAUCCAGCUGGCGGUGGAUUGGUUCCUGGAGCGAGGUCACCGUGACAUCACAGUUUUUGUUCCCGCCUGGAGGAAAGAGCAGUCCCGGCCUGACGCGCCCAUCUCCGAGCAGGAGACCCUGCGGCGCCUGGAGAAGCAGAAGAUCCUGGUGUUCACCCCGUCCCGGCGGGUGCAGGGCAGGCGCGUGGUCUGCUACGACGACCGCUUCAUCGUCAAACUGGCGCACGAGUCCGACGGCAUCAUCGUCUCCAACGACAACUACCGCGACCUGGCCAACGAGAAGCCGGAGUGGAAGAGGUUCAUAGAGGAUCGACUACUCAUGUACUCGUUCGUCAACGACAAGUUCAUGCCUCCAGACGAUCCUCUGGGGCGUCAUGGGCCCAGCCUGGACAACUUCCUCAGGAAAAGACCCGUCAUCCCAGAAAACCGGAGGCAGCCGUGUCCUUACGGGAAGAAGUGCACGUACGGGCACAAGUGUAAGUUCUACCACCCGGAGAGGGGCGCCCAGCCGCAGCGGGCAGUGGCAGACGAGCUCCGGGCCAGUGCCAGAGCCUCCAGUGUCUCCAGAGGCUUUGUGGACGACACCAUCUCAGGGACAAGCCAAAGUGUGCAGGAGGAGGAGGGACCGGAGCCCUGGCAGAGCACCCCAAAGAAGCAGUCGUGCUCCAGCCUGACAGGGUCCCUCACAGACCUGUGCGACGAGCGCAGGAAGCUCCACUCGCGCAGAGGCAGCAGCAGCAGCAGUAGCAGCAGCAGUGGGUGCAGUAGUUUCUUGGGGUACCCUGCACCCCCGUCUCCUGGGAGUCUGGACAGAUGGGACCUGAUGGGCAGUGGCAGUAACAGUGAGGGCCUGAAGUCUGUGAGGGACUCCAGAUGUGAGUCUCCUGAAGUGGGCUACAGCUCUAUGGUCAAGGCUUACUCUGGCCUGAGCCUGGAGUUUCCAGACUGUUCAGAUCAGUUUUCCACAGCCCCAGAGCUCAGACCAGAGUCUCUGUUUUCAGACUGCAGCAGUGACGGCAGCUCCAACAUCUUCUCCCCUGAUCUUUCCUCAGACUGUGGCCCGAGGGUUCUUCCUGUGCCCAGGCGUUACCCCUGUGCUCCCGCACACACGGGCAGGGCUAAAGAGCACACUGCACCCGUCUAUUCUCAGGACAUGCCAAAACAGUACAGCUUAGAAACAAAUUUCAGUCUGGAAGAAUCUACCUCCUUUCAAACAGGAAGUGCAGGGCACAGACUGCACAGUCCUCAGGGUUUGUCUCUGGACAGCAGCAGCUCCUCUGUGAGUCACAGGUCGCUCUUGUCCAUCGCUAAAGCUCCACACAGGUACCACUCCGGCUUCACACUCCACAGCAGCUUUGAAGAGCUCUCCUCUGCUUUUCCUUCUCAGACAAAUCGCCUGGAUCCUGCAGUUAGUCCAGUCUCCUCUCGACGCCAACAGGGCAGGUUUGUCUUUGAAGACUCUUCCUCUCCUCCUGUCUCUUUUAGCGACCGCCUCGGCCUGAACCGCCACAGUCCUCAGACGUACCAUCAGCAGAAAUUCGAGUGCUUUGAGGAGCUUCCACCUUCUCUGGACCUUCAUGCUUCUCAUCUUCUGCACCGCCCUGAUCUCCACCAGCCCUCUCCACAGUACCCCCCGGGCGGACCACGCGACUUUGAGUCCAACCACGGCUACCCCAGCCCUCCCCCUCCUCACCACGGCUUCAUGCCCCGCGCCCACUCCUACACGUCGCCUAAAGGGUUUCCAGGCGACUUCCACAGUGUCCCACCAAAGACGCCGCACAUGUCCUUGCCGCUCCCGCACCAGCUGAGCCCGCACCAGGCCUACAGCCGGAGACCUCAGCCCUGGGAGAAGGUUUCUGCUCCGGACUGUGGCUCGUAUAACUCCCCCCUGCCCGGCGCGAGGUUCAGCCCCAGGGAUCCACCUCAGGCCGCCUGGGACCCGGCGCCGCCGUACAAACCCUACCACCUCUUUGGCAAGAACCUGGAGGAGACGUGGAGCUCGGCGUGGGGGGGGCCGUCCUCUCCUCAGGGGCCCCCGAAGCCCCCGGAGCCGCUGGGCCAGUACCGUGACGUGAGAGAGAAGCUGUUCUUGAACCUGUGCGGGAUUUUUCCUGCCGAUCUGGUCCGCCUCGCCAUGGCGACCAACCCGCACAUGUCGGACGCCCAGGAGCUCGCAGCGGCCAUUUUGUUGGCCAAAUCGCAGUGCCUCACUUAAGGAAAGUCUCUACCUCUCGAAAUGGAGGGAACGAGGAGCACGAAUGUGAAAGCCAUUGCUGUACUAAAGAUAAAGAAGAUGUUUUAAAGGGAAACCAGAGAAAACGGCGGUGAUGGGCGGCGCUCACGUCACAUCACAAUAUUCCAGCGUCCCUAUUGGACUGUUACGUGUGAUGUCACUUCCGGGUCCAAAACGCAUCAGAUGAUUGAAAAUAUUUAACGUGUUUACAGUUUUUUUUAUUAUUAUUUUUAAAAGCGGCGUUAAAAAGGAUAGUUUCACUGUAACAAGUUUUUUUUUAAUGUGACAGAAAUUGUAAAAAGCUCAAAUAAGUUUGCAGUGACGAGAAGUAAAAUAUUAUUAAUAUGUUAUUUUAUGUUAGAUUAUUAAAUUAUUACAUUAUUUAUUUUUCCUGUUACAGUUUUGAAAGGAAACUCUCUUAUUUGACAAAACAAAAACAAAGGUAGAAAUCUGCUGUGAGGUUUUUGGUUGGACCCGGACUUGACAUCAGCACUUUAAACCCUGAACUGGAGACAGACAGGUGAGACAGGUGAGACAGGUGAGACAGGUGAGACAGGUGAGACAGGUGAGCGUGUCAGGUGGAGUUUUUUGUGUGUGUCAGGUGCAGAUGUGUGACCUGGUUCAUGGUUCAUGUCUCUGCUAAAAGGACUUAACGUCAUAAGAUGAAUAUGUUUAGUAACGUUUAGUUUGUGGACCCAGUCCUUAAAGCUUCCCUGUGUAACUUUUCUGGUGGAGUGACCUGGACUUGUCUCUAUGGAGAUUUUAUUGCGUUGCGUAGAAUGUUUAACAGUAUGGCCACAGACUUCAUGGAAACGAGCAGUUGAUGCCACCACACCAAGUUUCUUCUGCAAUAAAAUCACCUGAAUUUGAAUAAAAGUUAAACAGAUAUAAGUGGUGUAGUGAGGAUUUUUUAAGUGUGGGAACAAGAUUUCUGACGUCAUCGAGGACUAAACCAGGUCCAAACCAGGUCUAAAAUGGGUUUAAACCAGGACUAAAUUAGGACUGAACCAGGUCUACACCAGAUCUACACCAGGAAUAAUCCAAGACUGAACCAGGACUAAACUAGGACUAAACCAGGACUAGACCAGGUCAGGACCAAGAUUAAACCAAGAUUAAAAGAGGUCUAAACCAGGACUGAACCAGGUUUAAACCAGUAUUAAACUAAAACUGAACCAAGACUAAACUAGGACUGAACAAGGUCCAAACCAGGACUGAACCAGGUCUAAACCAGAACUGAACCAGGUUUAAACCAGGACUAAACUAGGACUGAGCCAGGACUACACCCCUGGAUUUAAUGCCAUACUGUGAAACAUUCCAGACACAGAAAUACUCUCAGUGAAGAGAAAAGUUACACAGCUUCACCUUUUAACAAAGUUUCUAUUUUGGAGAUUUAUUUCAAAAAUAGUGAGAGUUAAACACGUCUGUUCAUUGUUCAUGUCUAGUACCGACUAGACUCAAGAACUCGCUGCAUUACAACAAAAAUCUGGGUCCUAACAAUAUAAAUUUUCACCGCCUCCACCUGUAUUUGAUAUUUGUGUACAGAAUGUUGUGAUGUGACCUGGAGCUCGGCCUUUCUCUGCUCCAGCACUUCAGACCAGGAAACCAUAAAGUUAAAUUAUAUUCUAAGUUUCUCUCGUGAAUGAAGAGAAGACGUGCUUAGGGCGUGCAUCAGGUAUAAAUCUUUUACGUUUAAUUUAUUUAAGUUAUUUCAUAGGUUUUUUUAUUUUUGUAUUUUGCACUUUUGGUUCUUUUUGGUCAAUCAAGCCGCCAACACGGAGGGUUUUUGUUGGUCCGGGCAGAAAUUCCGAAACAUCAGUUAAAUGAAGGAAUCAUUUAUGAUUUAUUUUAUGUUUUUACGAUGUCGUUUUAUUUUGUGAAUGUGUAUUUUAAGUGAGACACAGGGUUUUGUUUCGUUUUAUUUUGAAAAGCUGCACAUGUGCGUGGAUCCGCGGCAGCGAUUUCAAAGCAUUUCGACGAGUGAACGAACUUAAAGACGGGGUAUUGUGCUAAAUUUAUUUGUUAUAACUUCACCGAAAACCUGCCUGAAGCGGGUUUAUGCGUCAUCCAUGCAUGUCUGAGUAAUCUAGCGAUCUCUCGUAGGCCCGGUUCAAACCCUCCUUAGACAAAUCUCCGUAAAUAUACAAAAAUAUGACACAAAACUGUACACUACGACUUCACAAACCUGACGCGAUGAGCAGGAGUUUCAUUACGAUGAUGGCGCUCUGAAGGGGGUAGACUUAGCGCAGGGAGCAAAAAGAGGGGAGAUUCGAGAGCUCAUAAAACAUGUGAAUAUGUCGUUUUGGGCGACUACAACAUUUUCAAAACAAAAAAAGGAACAUGGCGAUUUAAAUAUGUGAAGUGUUAAACAGAGUCACAUACCUCGUCUUUAAUAAACCACAGAGGUGUAAGAGUUUGGAAUAAGAAAGUUUUCAGAAAUAUUCGUGUGCAUACGAUUGAAAUCGAUGCUUAUUUGUCUGUAGUUGAGCAUAAAAUAAAUAUUCGUAAACUCUCGAAUGAGUCCAGUCGUACAUAAAAAGCGUUGUGUGUAUUUUAUCCGUCAGAAUACGAAUUGAAAAGUUACGAUGUCAAGAAUUAAGAUCACGAAAUGAAAAUUUACGAUGACGCUUUCUUCAGUACGAACACGAAUUCAGAGACGCGACUUGACUGUUAAAAAUACGUCAUCACUUCACAGGUAGAAGAAACGUCGAUCGAGAUGCAGGACUAGAUUGAACCAGGCCUGAUUCAUCAGACGGUUUCACUUCGUAGAAAGUGAAACGAUUAAUUCGCUGAACGGUCGGCAGGUACUUUUUAUCAUUUAACCAAUCGGUGCCGUUUGGUCGUGACGUAUGUAAAAAUGGGGAUAACUGGUAGAUUAAGCUUUUCCCAAAUCCUGUAGGAAGAAGAACAAUAACGUCUUUCUCCUUGAUAAAAUUCACCAAACAUUCUCUUUGUUCCGGCUUUAAGUCUUCGAUCUCGGGAAUCGUUGCCAACACAGAAUGUCUGUCGCUUCUCUUGGCUGGUGCCCAAACUCACACAUCCGGGGUUUUUGAGAACCGUCUAGUGCAGGGGUGGGCAAACUUUCUGACUCGUGGGCCACAAAUGGUUCUAAAAUUUGACAGGAGGGCCGGACCAGGAGCCGAUGGAUCCUCAUCAGAGAAAAAAAUAACGUGGGAUGUGUAGAAAACAUGUCCCAUGUUACUGAAAUAACCUAUAACUGAAAAUCAUUACAACAAAAUAUCUGUCUUUCAAGUCCCACGGUGUUUACGUUUUAUAGAAAUUUCUUUUAAAACACUGAAAAUUAUUAUUAUUAUUAUUCAAGUAUUAUUCUAUAUAUUAUUAUAUAGUAUUAUUCAAGGCUGUAUUAAAACGGGCCGCAGUUUGCCCACCCCUGGUCUAGUGUAUUCUGAUUCCUGACUGAGUCGCUGGAGAGAAAUGAAAUUGAACGGAGGCACUAGGUGGCACCAGCCUGACUAGACUGAACCAGGACUGAACCAGUACUAAUCUUGGACUUGAGAGACGGGGAGAACCUAGAGCCUGGGGAGCAGAGUGUCCACAAAACGCGAUUGGGCGAUGGCUGCGCUUUGCUCCGUGGGGCGUGAAGCUCUGCACCGGUCCUUUCACCUGCAGUCACCUGACAGUCUACACGGGCGCAGCUCCGGACCCAUCCAGACACUCAGUCCUGGAUCAGUCUAGUCAGGCACCACCUAGUGCCUCUGCUCGAUUUAAUUUCUCUCCAGUGACUAGAUCAGGAAUCAGAAUACACUCGAUGGUUCGCAAAAACUCCAGCCAAUCAGUGAAGAGUCAGACAUUCUGUGUUGUCAACGAUUCCCCAGAUCGAGGAUUUAAAGCCAGAACAAAGAAAAUGUUUGGUGAAUUUUAUCUCGGGGAAAGACGUUAUUGUUGUUCUUCCUACAGGAUUUAGAGCAUUACAAACGUCACGACCAAACAGCAGCGAUUGGUUAAAUAAAAAAAGUACCCGCCUACUGUUGAGAGAACGAAUCCUAAUGCUGCGAGGUCACACGGUUUACACCAAAGUGAAACCGGCUCAUGAAUCAGACUAGGUUCAGUCUGUGUGUGGCACAAAAGUCCUGCAUCUUGAUCGAUGUUUCUUUUGUCUGUGAAGUGAUGUUGUUUUUGACAGUCGAGUCGCGUCUGUGAAUUCGUGUUCGUGCUGAAGAAAGCUUAACCAUUUUGUUUCAUUUCAUUUGGUGACUGCAAUUCUUUACGUUGUAACUUUUCAAUUUGUAUUCUGACGGAUAAAAUACACACAGCACAUUUCACGUACGACUGGACUCAUUCCAGAAUUUACGAAUAUUUAUUUUAUGCUCAACUACAGACAAAUCUGCACAUGAAUAUUUCUGAAACCUUUCUUAGUCCAUAUAAUACCACCUCUUUAAGCAGAAUGUUUAUACAUGGUGGGACUUUGAAGAUAAAAAUGAUGGAAUGUUGUUUAAACGUCUGUAAUUUCUUAAAUACUUUUAGUGAAUCUGUAUCAAAUGUUUGACAGUAAAACCGAAGGCACUUGGAGCCAAUUCUCUGAACAGUUUGAAUAUUUGUAGUAUUCACACGUCGUCGCCGUGAGGCCGAGUCCACAAACCCUUGGUUCUUGUUGAUACAAAUUGUAUCUUAUUAACAUUUGUAUGAAAUUAUUUUUAUGAGAAUAUUUAAUGUGAACUUUAUUUAUCUUAGUGAACUUUUCUAAUGAGGUGUUUUCCUUAAAGGUCCUACAUUACAAAACUAACUCGUGUGAGCUUUAAGUCGUGUUCUAAUGUUGUUUCCUCGUCAUAAACAGACCUGGAGUUGGGUUUUAUUUCAUUCACAUCUUUAUUACCGUAUUUUCCACACUAUAGGACGCACUUAAAAGUCUUUAAUUUCAUCGGAAAACGACUGCGAGCUUUAUAAUCCAGAGCGUUUUAUAUAUGAAUUUAUUGUUGUGUCUUAGUACGACUUUAGUAAAGUACAAAGCCGCUCCACAGCGUCAUGGCUCCCGUCGUCAGGAGCAUCAGGAGUAAAACAAACUGAUUCGUUUUAAUAUCAAAAUGCACCUGUCAAGAGGCACGCUCACAAUGCCCACUUUAAACUCAAGGCUGUUGUAAAGUGAAAGUGCGUUUAGCUGCGUGGGAGCAGUGGAUGAGAGAAGGAGAACACACAUUCACCAAGACAGAGAGACAGAGAGACAGCGCCGAGAGCGACUUACGCCACGAUCUGCCGACGGAUCGUGGACGCCCGUGCGAAGGAUCAGGAUCAACUGUGGUCCGAACUUUCACCAAGACCUGAAUCAUCACUGAACUGAACUCCAGGGAACAGAAACCACACUAACUCGGAUAAUGACGAAAGGGAUGUGGACGUGUGGACACCGGAAUCACCCAACUGUUUCAACUAUUAUGACUUACUGUGAAUACACAAACAAUUUAUAACAAUAACAAUUUAGCAUCUCAGACAGUUUUUAAUGCGUUACAAUUGAACAAAGUUGAGAGUUAUUGUGAACGCAUUAAAUAAAGUUUGGCUACGUUCAGACUGCAGGGCUUAACUCUCAAUUCAGAUUUUUUUGGUGAAAUCCGAUGUUUUUUCGAGGUCGUUCACAUUUCCAGUUAAAUGUGACUUGUAUGUGACUCCAGUGUGAACAUUAAACGGCCCAAAAGUGUCCCACAUGUGACACUGGAGACACGACGACGUCAACCGCAGCGAGCGUCUCUGUGUUUACAGAAGUUGUCCAAACAUGGACGCAGCAUCGAGCACCUGGAGAUUUUAAAGUUCCUCUCGUACCGGAGCCAGAACAUGAACAACUUACUUGUUUUAAGGAGGAGAUUGAGAAGGAGAAGGACGAGGUUUUUGGUGGUGGUGUUUUUGUGGUGAGUGGAGAUGUGCUUCACUUCAGUCACAUGGAGUUCAUUAACAAUUUUCGUCUACUUCAGCGCAGAAUAGUGACGUUUGUGUCUUGUUGAUAACGUGUAGGUGGAUGAAGGUGACCUGACCGUUCACACUGAAGUCACAUGUCAAAAGAUCAGAUAUGUAUCGGUUUCAGGAGCACAUAUCCAAGUGUCCUGGGUCACAUUUGAAAAAAUCGGAUCUGUGCCGUUCAGUCUGACAUUAAAAGAUCAGAUGCAGGAACAUAGAGGCCAAAAAAUUGAAUUUGGGUCACUUCAGGUGCAGUGUGAACGCAGCCUUUGACUAACUUAUCUAACUGUUCUGUUUCGUUUAAUGCGCCUUAUAGUCUGGUGCAGUUUAUAUGUGAAAAAAGAUCAAAAAUAGACGAUUCAAUGACAGUGCGCCUUAUAGUGCAGAAAAUAUGGUAAUAGUCUGUCUACAUCUCCAAAGCUCAAAACGCUCUGUUCCACCUUGUGAUGUCAUGAAGCGGUAGUUUUCAAGUGAACAUCUCCUUUUUCCUUUAGUUCUGUAGAGAUCGGCGAUUCCAGGUCUGAAAUGAUCCAAACGAUUCUGGUGAAGGUUUGUGGAGUUAAAAAAUCUAUGUUUCAGUGUUUUCAGGGUUUCAGGGAAUGUAUGAAUGAAACAAAACACAACUCCACGUCUGUUUGCGAGGAGGAAACGACAUUUGGACCGAUCAGAAAACAGAGUAAUAUGGGUCCUUUAAAUGAACGGGGCUUUUCUUGUGAGAAUUAUAACUGGUUUAUCUGAACGUCCUGUGCCUGAGCUUUACAACACGCUGCCUCAUGAGAGAAGUCUGUCCUUUAUUUAUGGGCAAAAUGUAUUUUUCUAGAUUUCUAUACCGAGUUGUGUCAGAUGGGCUGUUUAAUGCGCUUUGUGAAGACUUGAAUGAACCGUGACCAAACCUGCUGUAGUGUUCAGACGGAAACGUGCUUUAACUCCGGACGGACGCGCCUCCUCCUCCACCCGGGGCCACAGAGACGUCUGGACAUGUAGUUUCUGAAAACCUGUGUUCUUCAAAAAAUUGCACAUUUUUAAUAAACUGCAAAAAAAAAAAAAAGCUUCUGGUUUGUACAGUUUUGUGUGUUUUUUAAUACCUGAUCUUAUCCACAUAUUGAGAUACUGUAAGUCAACUUUUUUCUAAUUCAGGUGAUUUUAUUGCAGAAGAAAGU